AUGCCAAUGCGGAAAAUCGUGAUGUUGGGUGCCAAUGCGCGUACGCAAAGAUCAGUCUCCUCAAUACAGCUACCCUCCGAAUACUCACCAUCAGCUUCUUCCGCGCCAUACUUCAAUUAUUCACCCAGUGAUUUCAUUUUGGAUUUGAGAUCUCAUCAGAAGGAAGAGGAGAGUUAUCAGAAUGGAAAUUCGCAUAACGAUGAUGAAGAGAAGAAACAGCUCAAACACCUUCUACACGAACGAUGGGAGAACGCAAAACAAUACAAUGCAUUCAACUAUUCACUAAAUUGCAUGUACAAAUGUCUCGAUGGAAAAUAUGAUUUAUCGAUGCAGUUAAACAUCGAAAGAGGCGAUUUACGAAGGAAGCCGAUGCACUUCAAAAACAUCAAAGAACCCUUCAACCACUUGAGAUUUAAUUUCACCAAGUUGCAUGAUAAUGAGAUUCUAUUCUACCUAAAAUGUGAUUCUGAUCCAAUCAGCAACGAUCCGCUGGACCGUCACUUGGUAGCUGUGAAUGCGUCGCCAUUGGAAAGAGAUCACUCUUUGAUUGUGCCAUCAGUCAAUAAGUGUAAUCCACAGGUAUUGACUCUCCAAGCAGUUCGAAUCGCUGUAGACUUGAUGCUUCUCGUGGACGACGAUAUGUUCCACAUCCUUUUCAAUAGUUUACUCGGACAAGCGUCUGUUAAUCACUUACAUCUUCAUGCAAUGUAUUGGCCAUAUGAUUCCGAUCUCAUUAAUAGGAAAUGUGAACCUCUUCACGAUGUGCCGGGAGUAUUUGUCAUUCGACCACCCUGUUGGAUUUGCCCGGCUAUCGUUUUUCAACUCGACUGCAUUGAAAACUAUGAGCAGUUCAAAAUGAAUAUCUAUAAAUGUGUCGAACACUUGACUGAAACGAAUCAAGCACACAAUUUGUUCCUUGCCAGAGCACAACCGAUCAGAACAACAGGAGCUGAAAAGGAAGAAGAUCGACGUGGAGAACGCCCACAACUGGUCACUUGCUACGUAUUCCCACGAAUGAAUAUGAUUGGUGCUAAACCGCCAUCGAACUUCAAUCCAGCUGCAAAUGAGCUCGCCGGAAAUUUAACUUCCUAUACAAUUCGUUUCUUCGAAUCUGCAAACGAGCAAUCAGUAAUUCGAAUUAUUGAAGAGGAGGCGUCUUUAGAUGAUGAUAGUUUUCAGAGUUUAUGUUUCGAUCUGGCUGACGUGUUAAUCGGAAGAACCGUAGGCACAUCGCGACCACAUGAUUUAGAUUUUCUUGAGGGCCUAACGUCUCCGGAAAUCGACGAACUUCGAGAUUCAUUCCAAUCUUUCAUGCCACGAUCACCAUCUAUCCGACACCGUAAUUCGACACCACGCACCCAUUCCGAGGAGUAA